AUGGCACUAUCACGAUUCAACAGGUUAGAAAAGCAAUUGGAACGGAAUCCGGAAAUGCGUUUGCAGUACAAUGCAUUUAUGCAAGAUUAUUUGGAUCUCGGACACAUGAGAGAGAUAACUGAAGAGGAGAUCCAUGAGGAGACAGCGGCAACGAGUGCUAAAAGGGUAUAUUACCCACCGCACCAUGCGGUAUUUAAAGAUUCCAGCACUACGACAAAGGUGCGCGUCGUAUUUGAUGGUUCGGCCAGCACGGAUAGUGGUUAUUCCCUGAACGACGCCCUUCUAAAGGGUCCUAUAAUUCAGGAUGUGCUCCUCAGCCUGCUCCUUCGGUUUCGUAAAUAUGAAGUAGCACUUGUUGGUGACACGGAAAAAAUGUACCGGCAAGUGCGUGUACACAAUGAUGACACCGGAUUACAGCGCAUCUUCUUCCGGUUCUCACCGGAUGAACCUAUACGAGUUUUUGAGUUGACAACGGUAACUUAUGGGUUGACGCCCUCGUCAUUUUUAGCGAUUCGCGCUCUUCAUCAACUUGCGGCGGAUGAAGGAGCAAGAUACCCAGAAGCUGCUAAAGCUAUAAUAAGAGAUUUUUACGUGGAUGAUUAUAUUGGUGGAGCAUCCAGCGUAGAUGAAGCCAUUCAGCUUCAAAAUGACCUUGAUACACUGAUGAAAAAAGGCGGUUUCACCUUACGCAAAUGGUGUUCCAAUAAGCCAGAAGUUCUAGCUGGCAUCUCGGUCGAACAUCUUGGGACUAAUUUAUCAGUUUCAUUCGAUAUAAGUCCCGAGGAAAAGGUGAAAGCUCUGGGAAUCACCUGGGAACCUGGGACGGACCAAUUAAGGUUCUACUAUUGCAUCACAGCAAGCGAGCAGGCAUGGACGAGAAGGAACAUUCUAUCGUCUAUAGCCAAGCUUUUUGACCCGUUGGGACUUAUCUCACCGGUGAUUAUUGUGGCAAAAAUGCUGAUGCAAGAGCUCGCUCUGCACAACUCAGGAUGGGACUUGCCUGUUCCUGUCGACAUUGAAAGAAAGUGGAAGACGUUCCACUCCCAAUUGGACAAAAUUUCGGAGUUAAGGAUUAAUCGUUUCGCAUUCGUAUUCAAAUGGGUUGAUAUUCAGUUUCAUAGUUUUGCUGAUGCUUCUACCCUAGCCUACGGUACGUGUUUAUACGUACGGACGACAGAUGAAGCCGGGAACGUUAGAAUUGAAUUGUUAUCGUCCAAAUCACGUGUCGCUCCGCUGAAACGACUGACGUUACCUCGUCUUGAACUUUGCGCCGCCAAAGAGGCUGCUCUGUUGCAUUCGAAGGUAACUAAGGCUCUCUCAUUGGAAAACGUACGCACGGUAUUCUGGUCCGACAGUACAAUUGUGCUACAUUGGCUGAGAACUCCACCAAACUCAUUACAAACGUUUGUGGCUAACAGAGUAUCAAUGAUUCAAACCUACACCUACUCCCAUUCUUGGCGACAUGUAGCAGGAAAAGAAAACCCGGCUGACUUGGUAUCGCGUGGAAUGACUAUCGACGAUUUUCUGCAAAGCCAGUUGUGGAAGAAUGGACCCCCAUGGUUGCGAAAUAACACAGACGUGUGGCCUAACUCAGCCGAAGACCACAACAUUCCUGAUGAACAGUUGGAACUUCGUAAGGUUGUUCACAAGGUCACAGUGGAAGAACCACCUGAUGAGCUGUUCAGAUUACGAUCUUCAUUACCUCCUCUACUACGAAUUGUUGCUUAUUGUCUUCGUUUUGCUAAUCAUUGUCGAAACCCGAACGAUAGAAAGGAUUCAAUUAUUUUGUUUCCUGAUGAACUACAAUUAGCGAAGAUGGCGCUAACCCGCAUCGCACAAGCCGAACGAUUUCCAGACGAGAUCAAAUCUCUGCAACUACAACAACGAGUUGACCGGAAAUCAAACCUCAAGAGAUUAUUUCCAUUUCUCGACAAUUACGGAAUCCUCAGAGUUGGUGGACGUCUUCGUUUCUCUAAUGAAAGUUAUACGGCCAAGCAUCCCGCUGUUUUACCGUAUCAUCAUCCUUUCACGGAUAUGGUUAUACAGUUCUUCCAUUACCAAAACUUUCAUAGCGGUCCACAGCUAACAUUAUCCGAAAUACGUCAAGAGUUUUGGCCCGUACAUGGUAAGCGUGUCGUCAACGUCGUCCUUCGAAAAUGCAUUCGCUGUUUCCGAACUAAUCCAACGCCCAUCCAGCAACCCAUGGGACAGCUACCCGUUGGUCGCGUACGCCCAGGACGACCUUUCUUGAUAACUGGCGUUGAUUACUGUGGACCGUUUUAUUUGAAGCCAGCACGUCGAAACGCAGCUCCAACAAAAGUAUAUAUUGCGGUGUUCGUCUGCUUCACAACAAAGGCAAUGCACCUUGAGAUUGCUAGUGACUUGUCUACCAAAAGUUUCAUUUCGAUCUUGCGCCGAUUCAUCGGCUACCGUGGAAUGCCAGCCGAGAUACAUUCUGACAACGCCAAGAAUUUCUCUGGAGCCCGUAAUGAACUUAAAGAGCUACACGAAAUGCUGAAUAACCAGACUAGCUGUAAUGCCAUCUGCAACGAACUUUCUCAGAAAGGAAUUGAGUGGAAGUUUAUCCCACCUCGCGCUCCCAACUUCGGAGGAUUAUGGGAGAUCUGCCAUGACCCCACGGAAUUUGAAGCGCUAACCCCCGCGCAUUUCCUGAUUGGCUCAGCCAUGAAAGCUUUGCCCGACCCCAAUUUCAUUUCAAAACCCACAAACCGGCUUGACCACUACCAGCAAACUCAGCAAAUGUUCCAGCGUUAUUGGCAACGAUGGAGCAAGCAAUACCUCACGCAGCUGCAAGUGGCAACGAAGAACCUGCCAAUGAACACCAUCCAAAUCGGAAGUAUUGCCGUGCUACGAGAGGACAACCUGCCACCGCUUUGUUGGCCUCUAGCGAGGAUCAUUGGAUUACAUCCAGGUUUGGACGGAGUCGUUCGAGUGGUGACGGUGAAAACGGCCACCGGAGUAUACAAACGUGCAGUCAAUCGCAUCUGUCCACUGCCUUUCGAUGAGUAUCAACGAACAAAGACGUCUACGGAACUGCCAACUAUUUGA